AAUUUUGUAAACACCUGAAAAGAUGGAGAAAGCUUCUGUGAACUUGACUUUUUCUAGAUUUUUUGGACUCACCUUUAUUACAGUAUUGGUAUAAGCAUAGCUCCUUAUUUGACUCCUGCCCUUAUCCCUAAAUCCUUUUUCUGAAGUUACAGAUGUUCUUAAACUCUCAGUGGCCGCUUUCUGCUAAAGUUGUGGUUAGAGCUGUUCUGCUGAAGCUUGAGUUAAUGUGCUACAGAUUCAGCUACUGUUCACCUGGGGGUUGGUAUUUUCAAACCGUCUUCAGCAAGCUCCUGUCCAAGGUCACCUUUAAGUGUCAUCAGUCUCCACGUAGGCAGCACUCUCCAUCCAGUGUGAAUACCUCACUUUCUAUGGACUCUUGCCUUGCAUUUGGUUCUCUGCAUCUGUAGCAUUUAUUCUAGGUCCUGAUCUGCUCUGAAAUCCUAGUAAGGUUAGUUAUGCUAAGGAAGUGCAACCGCGUCCUCCCUGGCACUUCAAGCGCUGAGCCAGCACACGCACUCAAGAUUGCCCAGGUCCCCUGGACAAGGCCGUGAGCAGCCAACAUGUUGGAUGUGGAUGGAGGCACCCCUUUCUGCUGGGGACAGACUCAGUGCUUCACUCUGGGGCCAGCACCUCUGGGGCCAGGAAGAAGGAGCAGUUAAAGCACUAACAGACCCAGUGGCAACAGUACAGUCCAGCCAUCUUGGAGAGCUGCUGGUCAUCAGUAUGAGUGAAGAAGCAGAAGAAAGGGCAUGGAUGCACUCAUGUGUAGAAACUUUUGGCCAAAGCUAAGGCUUGUUCUUUCCACUUUGGAGAGUGAAGGACAGUCGGCCCAAUAUGUCAAGACCUCUGAUCACUAGAUCCCCUGCAUCUCCAUUGAACAAUCAAGGCAUCCCCACUCCAGCACAGCUCACAAAAUCCAACGCACCAGUUCACAUUGAUGUGGGUGGGCACAUGUAUACCAGCAGCUUGGCCACGCUUACAAAAUAUCCUGAUUCCAGAAUCGGAAGGCUUUUUGAUGGCACAGAGCCCAUUGUCCUCGACAGUCUCAAGCAGCAUUAUUUCAUCGACAGAGAUGGGCAAAUGUUCAGAUAUAUCUUGAAUUUUUUAAGAACAUCAAAACUCCUCAUUCCUGAUGAUUUCAAGGACUACAGUUUGUUAUAUGAAGAAGCAAAAUAUUUUCAGCUUCAGCCCAUGUUAGGAGAAAUGGAAAGGUGGAAACAGGACCGGGAGACUGGCCGCUUUUCAAAGUCUUGUGAGUGCUUGGUGGUGCGCGUUGCCCCAGAUCUUGGAGAGAGGAUUACACUAAGUGGUGAUAAGUCAUUGAUAGAAGAAGUGUUUCCAGAAAUUGGUGAUGUGAUGUGUAAUUCUGUCAAUGCUGGCUGGAAUCAUGACUCGACGCAUGUCAUCAGAUUUCCGUUGAAUGGAUACUGUCACCUCAACUCAGUUCAGGUACUUGAGAGGUUACAGCAAAGAGGGUUUGAGAUUGUUGGCUCAUGUGGAGGUGGGGUGGACUCUUCCCAAUUCAGUGAAUACGUACUGAGACGAGAACUCAGAAGGACAUCUCGUGCACCCUCCGUCAUUCGAAUAAAGCAGGAGCCUCUGGACUAAAAUGGACAUGUUUCUUUAUGCAAAAAAAAAAAAAAAAAA